CCCCCUGCGACGCAGGAACCUUUUGCCCGACGUGGGGCUGGGAACCCACUCACCACCCUGAAAAUUCAGGGUCUCAUGCUCUAACGCCCCGAGCCGACCCACAGGUUGGCGCACUCGCCUCGCACGGGAUCUUUUGGGCAGAGGUUGGGGGGGGGGGCACCGCCUGCCCUGUAGGAUCUAGUUGAGAUCCCUGCAUUGCAGGGGGGGGGUUGGACUAGAUGACCCUGGGGGUCCCUCCCUCCCAUCCUAAGUUGACCCAACGUUGCUUUUGUUUCUUGGCUCGCUUUCCCACCCCCACCCCCACCCCCCAUUGAAAUGCUAUGAGGAGGUCCGAAAUGAAACAAGGAGAAGACAGGGACCCCGACAAACCCCAGCCCCCUUUUUUGGAUCAAAAGGCCCCACAGAUCCAACCCUCCCCUCCCCAAAUCCCCUCUCUCGCUUUAUCCCACGUAGGGACCCCAAAGUGUGGGGGGUCCGAAAUGAAUCAAGAAGAGGAGAGGGACCCCGACAAACAUCAGCACCCCUUUUUGGGGUCAAAAGGCCCCACGGCCAGACCCACACCUCCAACCCUCCCCAGAUCCCCUCUCUCGCUUUAUCCCACGCAGGAUAUCCCCAAAGUGUGGGGUGGGGAGAGAGAAAAGAGAGGAAAACACCGCCCCCCCCACCCCACAACCCGGGGGUCUAAAGCCUUCGAGGGGCGUCUAUGGGGCGGGGAGGAGGCGCCUUCUUAGCCAGGAAAGCCGCCUCCGCCUGCCGGCCUUGCGCUUUAUUAUCCCCGGGGCUUUUCCUUCCCCUUUCCCCGGGGAUCCUGGAGAGGCCUCGGCGGGGAAAGGAGGACCGGGAGGAGGAGGGAAGCGGCUACCUGGUCCGACAUGGCUCCCCGCCGCAGGCUCAGCUGGGCCGGCCGCCUCCGCCUCCCUCCGCCGCCAAGCAGCAGCCUCCGCUCAGGUUCUUCUUCUUCCUCCUCUUCUUCCUCCUCCUCCUUCCUUCCUUCUCUCUCUCUCUCUCUCUCUUUCUCGGAGACACGGAGCGCAGACGGAGAGCACAACCCCCAGGCCGGCGAAGGAGGGAGUUCCUCUGCGCCUGAGCUCACUUCCCGCUCCCUGACGCGGCGGAGGAGGGGAAAAGAAGCUUCUCCUCCUUUCCUUUCGCUUCCCUUUCUUCCCUCCUUCUUCCCUUCCCUCCUUCUUCCCUCUUCUCCUUCGACGGAAGUCUCUAGGUGGCACGAACGGCGGCACCAGAACUUAAGCCGUUGCGAAACCAAAGCGUUCCAAAACCGAGGCGCGCAAAGUUAACGCGCAACGAUUUGAGAAAAAGCAGUUAUAAGCUGAACAAGCUCUAGUUAUUUUCUCCUUCCGAUAGGGAGCCCACUUAAGGAGCUCUUGGAUACCCCAUAAGGGAAGAAGGGCAGAUUUUGUUUACAACGCUAGCAAUUUGGGGGAAAUUUUAUUACCAUGUUCCAAAAAAUUUCUCUUUUCAGGAAUAUCAAAUCUGUCUGCACUCCCCCACUCUCUUGGGAGCCCUCCCAAAAAAUUAAAGGGGGGAAAAACUGGAUGUAUGUUUCCGAAAUAUAAGAUAAAAAAACAAAUCGAAUAAAACCUACAUGCAGCAGCAGUGUUUUGUGUUGUGUAGGCUCCUAUGAUGUACAUGUUUUGUUACGUGCAAAUGGCUUUUAGAUACCCAUUAGGUCCAUAAAUUACCACGUAGCAUAUACAGUGGUACCUCGGGUUAAGUACUUAAUUUGUUCCGGAGGUCCAUUCUUAACCUGAAACUGUUCUUAACCUGAAGCACCACUUUAGCUAAUGGGGCCUCCCGCUGCCGGAGCACGAUUUAUGUUCGUAUCCUGAAGCAAAGUUCUUAACCUGAAGCACUAUUUCUGGGUUAGCGGAGUGUGUAACCUGAAGCGUAUGUAACCCGAGGUACCACUGUACAGUCAUACCCCGGGUUGAAUGUGCUUCAGGUUGAGCGCUUUCGGAUUGCACGUUACUUCCAGGUUUCACUGCUCGUGCAUGCGCAGAUGCUCAAAAUGGCAUCAUGCGUAUGCAUGGAAGUGGCAAAACGCGAGCCACGCACGCGCCAUCGCGUCUUAUGUUCCAUUCAGGAUGCGAACGGGGCUCCGGAACGGAUCCCGUUCGCAUCCCGAGGUACAUACCUCGGGUUACAGACGCUUCAGGUUACAGACCACUAACCCAGAAAUAUUACCUUGGGUUAAGAACUUUGCUUCAGGAUGAGAACAGAAAUCGUGCAGCGGCAGCGGGAGGCCCCAUUAGCUAAAGUGGUGCUUCAGGUUAAGAACAGUUUCAGGUUAAGAACGGACCUCCGGAACGAAUUAAGUUCUUAACCCGAGGUACCACUGUAUUCAACACACACAAAACAGCAGCAAUUUGUUGCUGACAAAGGACAGCUGAACAUAUAAAGGGCCGCGUUACCUUCAGUAGCUUAGGGCCUCAUCAAACCUAAAUCCAGCCCUGGAUAAAGGGUAUCGAAAAAGGAGAUUUAAUAGAUUGGAUAAAAGUUAUUUAGUCGCAGAAAAAAGAAGAGAUGGUUAUUGGAAACCGGGCGGGGGGGAGACCGGGAGUCGGAAGAACUCCUAUAAAGAUAUUGAAUUUGUUAUGGGUUAAUGCAAAUAAUACUGUAUGUUAAAAAUUUCUAAAAUUAUAUAUCUAUAUAGGCGUUUGAGAACCAAGGUAGCACUGUACAGGCAAAAAAAAGGAAGGCGUUAUAAAAUAAAUAUAUGGGGGGGUGCAGAGCGAUUUGAUAUUCCUGAAAAGAGAAUUUUUUUGAACAUAGUAAUAAAAUUUCCCCAAAUCGCUAGCUAGAACCAUACAGUCCAUCAUUACAGGCAAAAAGAAGUUAUACAGAAUUAAAAGCAGAAGUCUAAUGUCCAGGUCAAGGGAAGCUUUUUAAGGUCUCAUGUUUUGCUCUGGAUUUGCUACGUGCUGGACAUAGGAGCAUGGGGACCUUCUGCCCUCACUCCACAAAUUCCCAUUCAAAAUGUCGCCUACAAAAAUGUCUCCUACGAAAGAGACACAAAACUUACAACACUGGUGCUGAACAAAUUCCACAGGACGAAAGAUUAAAAUAUAGAUUUGAUAUUUCCAUCAAAAUGUUAAAUACAGUAAAAUGAUUAGCUAUUCACAACCUUCCAAAUGGAUAAAUGAACAACUCGGCUCUCUUACAAACAUACAGUCCAAAAAGGCACCCUCUCUCCCUCCCUCCUGCCUUAAAUUUACAUCACAGCAGUUUCCAGAGCCAAUACUGUAAAACUCAAAACAUCUGUUUGGCUCAGAGAGCUAUGAUCAAAUUGGAAAGAAAGACCUGAUUGUGUGUGCAGUUCCCUCGUGACCAUGCGCUCAACUCUUUUGGAUUACAGCCAUGAAUUGCAGAGACUUGGUUCACCUUUUGCUUAUAAAUCAGGAUUAAUUUCACUGAAGUAUAAAGUGGAACAGAAGGUACUGAUGCUAUUUGCAUCAGAAUUCACAUUCUGCUUUCUGUCUGCGUUUAGAUCUUCCUGAUCCGAGUUCAAGCCAAGAGCAUGUUCAGCGUAAUGGUUUUACUGGUGCGGGUCGGUAGAUAUGCCCAUGUUGUAAACAAAAUCUGCCCUUUCUCCCUGAUGGGGUAUCCAAGAGCCUUUAUAGAGUCCUUACGUGGGUUCCCUAUUGGUCGGAGAAAAUAACAGAGGCCAACCAGAGAAUAUUGAGAAGCAAAGCUGCUAGUAAGCCUGAUCUUUAUUGAACUGUUGCAACAGGGUCUCCCCUCACACGCAGGAGAAAGGAGGAGGACCCAGAACAAAGGUGUGCCUGCCCUAAUAUAGACAUUUUAAAUUCCCUGCCCUGGAGCUCAAGACCACCCCUCCAUACAUCAUACAUACAUCACAGAAGGGGUGUAACCCAAGACCACCCCCCACAAACAUCAUACCUACAUCACAGAAAAGGCGGUCUACAACAGAAAUUUGAAUGUUGUUAUUUUUUCUAUCUGUCAGGUUAUCUGAUAAUGCCUUAUCUGAUUGCCUUUCCUGGUAGUCUGGCCAUUCCUUUGAGAUGGUGAUUUCUAAAUUCCUGUAACAAGGAAGGUUUUUUUCACCUCCUCCCUCCUUGCAGAGAGCAGAGAAACAUUUGGUCAGCUUGGGAGUCAAAAUGGUUUCAGGACGGUCUUCCUGUGCUGAUCUAUGUAGGUGCUUGGUUGGUACAUUUAUGAACAUUAUAUAUAUAUAUAUAUAUAUAUAACCUUAAAUUUUAUUAUUACACCCAUCACUGGGUAAUAUGGACAGUGGUGUGGUGCUGGACAGAGCACAGCUCUGAGACUUUUCUAGAUCCGGAGAGAUGACAUCAUCUGCCAGACUAGGCAUAGCUGUCAACUUUCAGAUUUAAAAAUAAGGGAUCAGCAGCCUCGAAAAUAAGGGAUCAGCAGCCUCACCUGUCCCAGGGACAGUCUAUGGGAUAUCUAACAAUCCGGGAUAGCAGCGGGAAGCAGCGGGAAACGGCGCUGGCAUAAGGGAAUUUCCCACAAAAAAAGGGAAGGUUGACAGCUAGGCAGACUAGGGCACCAGAAUGAGUAACCUUGCUUCAUAGUCAUAUGAAGCUUUCAAGGCUGUUUAUGACAGAUUAGUAUCAAGGAUGUCAGAGAAUGGAGAAAAUAUUGAAGCAAAGGCCGUGUCCUUCUUUCGCCCAACCCUUCCAUGGAACUCCUACUGCAUGGCAACUGUUUAUAUAGUAACACUGCUUUGCAAGAUGGAAUGCAUAGCUUGCAUAGCUCAUUAAAAACUGUAGGCUGCAUUUCAGCUGGCUGAGGAUAUUUUGUAUGGAAAUAUACAUGCAUGGUGGGGACCCCGAAAUUCUUCUCAGCGGCUGCUCCCAGACAACUUUGCGACUCCCUGGAGGAGCUAGACCAGCUUGCAACUUGCUGUCUUUCCUUCUUGUGAUAUUAUUAUUAUUAUUAUUAUUAUUAUUAUAUUUGUAUACUGCCCUUCAUCCAUAGAUCUUGGGGCAGUUCACAGCAUAAAAAUGUUCCAGUGGGUUUGGGGAAACUGGCUGAUUUUUAAAUGAGAGGGCUGGCACCGUGCUGUUUUUAUGGUAAAUAUUUAUAUGUUUUCAAAGCAAGAUUGUAUACAUGCAUAUGGCUUUAAUUCCAUUAACGUUUAAAUGGUGUGGGGGUUUUUUAACGACUCGUCCCCCUAUGUUUUUAGCGAUUUUUUCUUUUAAGUGUAAGCCGCCUUAAGUCCCGUGAGGGGAAAAAAUCAAUAUAAUGUAAUAAUAAUCAUCAUAACAACAACAACACCAUUCUGUUUCCUAAAUCUGCUGUCUAUAUAACCUGCUGAAAACUGCGCCUAUUUUGCCCUCAAAAAUGUAGCUGUUUUGAAUUACAGUAUGCAAUUUAUUUAUUGUUAUGGGGCCCCAUUUUCGACCAAUUUCGCCCCGCACAUAGAGAGCGUUAAGCGCCACAAUCCUAGAGGAAGCCCGAAGCUCCAACUUCCUCCCCCGGAUUUCCUAUUUCCCAGAAGGCCGCGAGAAUCACUUCCGGCGCAGCGCCUCACUUCCGCCCUCGUGGUUCUUCGCGCCUAGGAGUUCGCGGUCUCCUGCGCUGGGUCUUCGCUUCGCUCGCCCGCCUUCGCUUGGAAAGAGCCGCUUUUUGCGGGAGGCGCCCCGGCUCCGUCCCGCUGCCGCCAUGCUGGUUUUAUUCGAGACCGCGGCCGGAUACGCCAUUUUCAAGGUGAUCUGAGGGCGCGACACGUGUCGAGUAGGGUUCCCACGUGGCUGCUGCUAGCGGGAGAUUGGAGGCUGCUGGCGGGGCGGAGAGGGCUGGGGGUGGUUGGUGCUCUCGGUUUAUACGUUCACUAGCAACAAGUCGAGAAACAGUUUUGGAACAAGGAGGAUAAACGUGGGGAGACCCCAUCCUCCCUUAUAGCGGACCCGGUUUCUUUCCCUGCCACACCCCAAGUUUUUUCUGGGGGGGCUGGCAGGUCUUCCCGCUAAGCUUAAAACUUGUAACCCUUCCUGGGGAAUCAUGCUGUGUUGUUGUUUAGUCGUUUAGUCGUGUCCGACUCUUCGUCACCCCAUGGACCAGAGCACGCCAGGCACUCCUGUCUUCCACUGCCUCCCGCAGUUUGGUCAGACUCAUGUUGGUAGCUUCUUGUUCUUCUGAUCUUGUUGGAUCAGACAAGAGUCCUCUCUUGUUCCACAUCCUGCUCCCCACAGUGGCCCAACCUUUGGGAGGUCCCCAAGUCGGGGGAGGCAGGAAUGAAUUUUACCAGAUUUAAAUAUGGCCCCAGCUAUGUGGCAUAUUAUCUGGAGGAGUCAACCCUACCAACAGUUAUCUGGAUCUGUCCUUCCAGUGAGCACUCAGGGCUGAAUUCCCUAAGAAUGGAUAGGUUUGAUCUUCUUGCAGUCCAUGGGACUCUCAAGAGUCUCCUCCAGCACCAUAAUUCAAAAGCAUCAAUUCUUCGGCGAUCAGCCUUCUUUAUGGUUUUCCCAGUAGUGAUGUAUGGAAGUGAGAGCUGGACCAUAAAGAAGGCUGAUCGCCGAAGAAUUGAUGCUUUUGAAUUAUGGUGCUGGAGGAGACUCUUGAGAGUCCCAUGGACUGCAAGAAGAUCAAACCUAUCCAUUCUGAAGGAAAUCAGUCCUGAGGUCUCACUGGAAGGACAGAUCCUGAAGCUGAGGCUCCAAUACUUUGGCCGCCUCAUGAGAAGAGAAGACUCCCUGGAAAAGACCCUGAUGUUGGGAAAGAUGGAGGGCACAAGGAGAAGGGGACGACAGAGGACGAGAUGGUUGAACAGCGUUCUCGAAGAUACCAGCAUGAGUUUGACCAAACUGCGGGAGGCAGUGGAAGACAGGAGUGCCUGGCGUGCUCUGGUCCAUGGGGUCACGAAGAGUCGGACACGACUAAACAACUACAAAUAUUAAAAAGCCACAAGGCAGAAAGGGUUUGGAGAGGGGUAUCACCCCAGAACUCUGGAAAAUACCAGACUAACAAUGAAGCCUUACUAGAGACAAAGUCAAAUGUCAAAAGUCUUGGUUCCUUGGUUGCUCUGGUCCAGGGGGUCACGAAGAGUCAGACACGACUAAAUGACUAAGCAACAAAAACAACAGUUGGAAGGGACCACGAGGGUCAUCUAGUCCAACCCCCCCAUGCAGGAAUGUGGGGCUCAGACCCACAACCCUGACAUUAAGCUGAGCUAUCCCAGCAAUCUACAGUGGUACCUCGGGUUACAUACGCUUCAGGUUACAUACGCUUCAGGUUACAGACUCCGCUAACCCAGAAAUAGUGCUUCAGGUUAAAAACUUUGCUUCAGGAUGAGAACAGAAAUCGUGCGGCGGCAGCAGGAGGCCCCAUUAGCUAAAGUGGUGCUUCAGGUUAAGAACAGUUCCAGUUUAAGAACGGACCUCCGGAACGAAUUAAGUACUUAACCCGAGGUACCACUGUAUUAGUAAGUGAUCCUUAAAACAACCCUGUGAGGUAGCCUCCUCCAUUCUAGUGCCCUCCAGCUGUUUUGCACAGCAGCUCCCAGCCGUGUUGCCUGGGGGUGUUGGGAAACGUAGUCCAAAACAUUUGAAGGACACCAGGGAUGGGGGGUGUUGCUGUUACAGCAGAUUUAGGUAGGGAGAGGGAAAGAGAUAAUUGAUUCAGGCUGCCUAGAGAGUGAGAUUUUAGCUGGGGACUUCCUAGUUUACAGCUCUUGCCUUUUUCCAGCUGUCCUGCAUUGCAUCCACUUGCUCCAUUGUAUCUACAUUGCACCCAUUUCUGCCAAGAGGAUGGGACUGUAUUAUUUUGCACACUGGAGUCUACUUUGUUUAGGAUUUUGCUGGUGAUCCAGUGUUGAUACAGCAAGCUUUGUGUGUUCACUGAAACAGGAUUCUGGGCAAUGCAGAGAAGGAAAGUGAGUCUUUAGGGUUAAUUUCUAUACAUCUUUACUUAAAUGUCCUGUCUUUACUUCUGAGUAAAGAUGCAUAAAAUUAGACUGCAUGGAACACGAUUAAUUUUGUACUUGUGACAGACAUCUUGAUUGAGAUGUCAAAGACCACAGGCGUUUCCCUCUAGUUGAGAAGCAGCAUGUAAGUUUACUGAAUACUUUUAAAACAUGGCAUCUCACACUUGCAACUAGAUUUUUCUCUGGUUAGAGAUGCGGCAGAGAGUUGGUGUGGUGGAAUGGCUGUUUUCUACAUCGGAAUUGGAGAGAUGUUUUGUGCAUUUCAUCUUACUUACAUAGCAACAUUGAAUCUUGUCAAUUUUGUGUGUAUUUAUUCUAACUCCUUAUCUGUCAUAGGUUCUGGAUGAGAAGAAACUCCAAGAAAUUGACAGCUUAUGGAAAGAAUUUGAAACUCCUGAAAAAGCAAAUAAAGUGUAAGUAACUUUCUCAAGUAACUUAUUAUUUCAUUCAAGCCUAGAGUACACCUUCAUCUCUCUGCUCAAAUAGGAAUCACUGUUUUUUGCCUAGCACCAGUCCUUGGGUUAUUUUGUACGCACAGCUUAUAAAUUUGCUAACCUUCAUCCUCCACUGUUGACAUGACAACUCUAUAGAUGCAGUUGGAUGGCAGGAGCCAUGCUGUAGUGGAAAGGCUUGCAAAGUAUUUUUCAACAGGGUUAAUAUCACUCAGAAGUGAGGUUUAGCUACAGCCAUGAAACAGAAUGUGUUGAUAAUCUUAGCUCUGCCCCUCAGGCAUAAUUAGACCCACCAGGCUUUCCCCUUUGGCCUGCCAGGCCGUUUUGGGCAAACCAUGGCCACCUGCCCUACAGCUGACAUUAGAUAUUAAAUCACUUGUGGGGAGCGUAAAAUCACGCCUGGGGCACUAGCUGUCAGGGCUUCAAAGCACAUCACAAGUGUUUCUGCAGGUAUCUACAGUCAGCUUAUUGUUGGUGCUCUUCAAGAGCAGACUACACAACUGUAGUUCUGGCCGUACCAGGGAAUUUUCCCCUCCCUGGGGAACUUCCUAGUGCAGGCAUGUCCAACCAAAAGUAGCCUAAGAUCUACCAUCCAAUAUCAAAAACUGACAGUGAUCUGCCAUACUCUCCCAUUGUCACUCUUCAACGUAAACAUAUUAUAUUUGGCUGAUAUAGAUAUAGUAAUAACUAUGUUUUUUGUCGUUAUUCUAGAAUAGUUCUCUAGCAAGCCUUAAAUAUCUAUGGUUUAGUAGUAGGAAGCUAUUUGUCAAUCAGACUUAAUAGGUUCUGUUUUUCUCUUUGGUAGGUUAACCUGAUGGGUCACUGCAGACUUUUCAUUUUUCAGGUUUCUUGUGUUCUAGAAGUUGGUAGCUGAUACUCUGUUCCCCAUGAUACUGAUAAAAACUGUUUGGUAUAUUUUAUUUAGAGUGAAACUGAAACACUUUGAGAAGUUUCAAGACACCACUGAAGCUCUUGCAGGUAAUCCCUUCCUUUCUUUGGUGGCUGGCUGAUCUGUUCCUGGCAAGCCUAGAAUCAUUAGCUGUGAGAGUAGCUGACUUUUUUCUAGUGUGUUUUAAAACUUAUUAAUUUUUUAAUAAGUGUGUUUUAAAACUUAUUAAUUUUUUGUGGACUUAAUAUUACUUAUUAAGUCCACAAAAAACCCACCACCACCCCCCCGCCUGCUAAUGCAAGUUACAGUUGUACCCAUGGUUAAGUACUUAAUUCGUUCUGGAGGUCCGUUCUUAACCUGAAACUGUUCUUAACCUGAAGCACCACUUUAGCUAAUGGGGCCUCCUGCUGCUGCCACGCCGCCGGAGCACGAUUUCUGUUCUCAUCCUGAAGCAAAGUUCUUAACCCGAGGUACUAUUUCUGGGUUAGCAGAGUCUGUAACCUGAAGCGUAUGUAACCUGAAGUGUAUGUAACCCGAGGUACCACUGUAUUUGUGGCACAUCAGCAGUUGGUGGUCGGAAAGGACUAAUUUUCAUGUAGCUUACGAAAAUGAGCUUCCCUUCCCUUCUCCAGAUGAACCCAGGCAAAUUAGUGUAAUAAAUAUGGUGUGCCUCUGUGCUAGCCACCCAGACAGUGCCUAAACAAAUGAUGAGCAAAUUUGCCUCCAUCUGAAUGUGUUAGCUCAGUGACCUCAGUGGGAUUUUAUAGCGGAUUGCAGCCUUAGAAUUGGAGGGAGUAAAAACUGGCUUCCUGAUGUCACUGAUGCUUCCUUCGUAGAACUGAAUCUCCAAUUUUUGGUCACUGCCACAGAGACAACAGAUAAAGUUCGGUGGGUGGUCAGUAUUAGUACAUAUUUUGUUCCAUUAUGAACUUUGCCAGGCUGGGAAUGUUAGACAGUCUGCAGGUUUUUUUACAGUGAUGUUCUUUCUCCUUUAAGCAUCCACUGCUCUGGUGGAAGGCAAGAUCAACAAGAACUUAAAGAAAAUCUUAAAGAAGAUAGUUGCCAAAGAUGCACACGAACAGCUGGCCGUAGCAGAUGCCAAACUGGGAGGUGUAAUAAAGGUAAGUUCUGGUUUUUAUGUGCCCUGGCGAUGUGGUGUUCAGAUGAGGUGGUGUUCUCAAGGCCUGUGCUAGUCUUCUUUAUAGCUCCAGAACAAUGAGUUAGUUCUUCAUAUCUUCCCUGUCCAGUGCUCUGACAUGACUUUUUCACUGCAUCCAGAAAUGAUGUGUGCAUAAUGUAAAUUAAUCAGUGAUGGCUGUUGAUGCUUGUUUUGUUGGUACUGAUAUCCUGAGACCAUGCUUUUUGCUGACUUCAUGAUUAUUAUGAUUAUACACUGAUUACAGGGUACUUGCAUUUACUAAGGGCUCCAUACAGAUUAAAAAAAAAGGCAGUCCUUGCCUUUAGACUUGGAUUCUAGUAUAAAAGGUAAAGGGACCCCUGACCAUUAGGUCCAGUCGUGACCGACUCUGGGGUUGCGGCGCUCAUCUCGCUUUAUUGGCUGAGGGAGCCGGCGUACAGCUUGCGGGUCAUGUGGCCAGCAUUACUAAGCUGCUUCUGGUGAACCAGAGCAGCGCACGGAAACGCCGUUUAGCUUCCCGCCAGAGCGGUACCUAUUUAUCUACUUGCAUCUUGACAUGCUUUCGAACUGCUAGGUUGGCAGGAGCAGGGACCGAACAAUGGGAGCUCACCCCGUCACGGGGAUUCGAACCUCCAACCUUCUGAUCGGCAAGUCCUAGGCUCUGUGGUUAACCCACAGCGCCACCCGCGUCCCUCUGGAUUCUGGUAUAGCCUUUACCAAAUUAAAAAGACAAUUACAAAUCCGUUUGAAUAUUUAAUGCAUCACCCAUAAAUCCACAGAGAUGCCGUGGACCACCUGAAUGAAGCUCACUAGUUUGGGAACCCCUAUUGUAGUAGGCAUGAUACAGAAGGAAAAGAUGUGGGGAGGGAAGAGGAAAACAAGUGAAUUCAAGUACAGUCGUACCUUGGAAGUUGAACAUAAUCCGUUCCGGAAGUCCGUCCAACUUCCAAAACGUUUGGAAACCAAGGCACGGCUUCUGAUUGGCUUCAAGAAGCUCCUGCAGCCAAUUGGAAGCCCCGUCAGACGUUUGGCUUCCAAAAAUAGUUCACAAACCGGAACAGUCACUUCUGGGGUUAUGGCAUUCAGGAGCCAAAGCAUUCAAGAACUAAGCUGUUCGAAAACCAAGGUACAGUUGUACUAGUUCUAAAUAAGCUUUGUUGAUAAUGCACUGGACUAAAGUAAUAGAUUGUUAGGGCCACAUUUUUCUGGAUUUUUUUUGUUUUGUUUUGUUUUUUUUAAAAUAAUUUUUUAUUAAGGUUUUAAACAAAGAAAAAAGAAAAACAACACACACACAAAAAAAAAUACAAGAUUUAACAAUAAAAACACAAAACAUAACAAUUAAAAAAAACCUCUCUUUUCCAUUCCCAAUUUUAAAUUACUUAUUUUCUGGACUUCCUCAUACCUCCCUCUUUUGUAUUCCAAUCUGCAUUAUUUGUCCAUCAGUUUCUUUUCCACUUUUUUAAACCCAAUCUAAAAUUUAAUAAAAUAUUAAUAUAUAUAACUUCAACUUUUUAAACAUAAUCCUUGUUCUUAAUGUCAUAUACCUUUAAAUUUUUCCCUUUUGUUAUCAAAUUUCCAUUUCUUUAAACAUCUUUAAUCUUGAUCUUUAAUCUUAAUCUAUCCUUAACUUUAACCUGUACAGCUGGAAACCACUUAUUUUCAAUCCAACAUCACUCUAACGUUCCUUAAUUUUGCAGUGUUUCUGAAGAUAGUCUUUAAAUUUCUUCCAGUCUUCCUCCAUCGACUCUUCUCCCUGUGUCUUGUGCUAUCUCCUGUGUCUUGUGCUAUCUUUAUUUCUUGACCUGUGAAGAAGUAUGGAGAUUAAAAAAAGGUUAACAGGGAAAGGUUUGAAUUGAUGUCAACAUUGAAGCUAGUGCCUUCGUUUUUAUCUAAAAGGCUAAGUUGGUACAACAGUUGGUUGCCAAUUUGCUUAAAUAAGAAUUCUCAAUGGUUAUUUCACUUCAAGGAACUGCAAGAUAGCCCUGCUUGUGGGUUAGCGUUGGGCUACCUUACCUUUCUUAGGUUCUGCUGCUGUUCAACAGUAAACAAAUUUGUUGUUGCAAUAAUAUCAAAAUGGGGAUCACCUUUUUUCCCUCCUGCAGGAGAAACUGAACUUAAGUUGUCUGCACAGCCCCAUGGUUACUGAACUGAUGAGAGGCAUCCGUUCUCAAAUGGAAGGGCUGAUCACUGGCCUUCCAUCGCGGGAGAUGGCAGCUAUGUGUUUAGGCCUGGCACACAGGUAAUAUAGACAUCUUGCCAGCCCCGACUUGCUCGUUUCUAUGCUCUGUAUAACUUUCCCCCUGAGGAUACCGUUUUCUGCAAAGUGGAAUGGCAAGCUUCGGCCCCAGUAUCUACUUACAGCACAGUCUUGUACAUGAUACCAUAUUUUUCGCUCUAUAGGACGCACCGGACCACAAGACGCACCUAGUUUCUAGAGGGGAAAAAAAUAUUAUUCCCCCCCCCCCGCCACAGAGAGGAGGGACAGGCUGCGUGCAGGCUUCUCCCAGAGCUUAUCGGGGCUGCGGGGGAAGCCCGGGUCCCCCCCCCCAGCCCCAAAGUGCAAAGAAGCCAAGACAGUGAGCUGGAUCCAUCCAGCUGGCUGUCUUGGCUUCCUCUUUAGCCUUGCGCAACCUCCCCCGACUGGAGAGGCUGCGCACGGCUAAAGAGGAAGCCAAGGCAGUGAGCGGGUUGGAUCACGCUCACUGCCUUGGUUUCUUUAGCCUUGUGCAGCCUCUCCCGGCUGGAGAGGUUGCGCGCGGCUAUGGCAAUUCCCCCAUCUCCCGCAAAAGCCCAGAGGAGUCGCACACCCUUUAAGGAGCGUGCGGCUCCUGUCGGCUUUUCUACGAGGAGGGAAAAGGGACUGACUGGCCGCGUCAGUCCCUUCUCCCUCCUGGGAAAAAGCCCACAAGACCCGCGCGAAGCUUGUGUGCGACUCUUGGGGGCUUUUCCUGCAUGCCUCCCUCCUUCAUUCGCUCCAUAGGGCGCACAGACUUCCCCCCUUAGUUUUUAAGAGGGGAAAAGUGCGUCCUGUGGAGCGAAAAAUACGGAGGUUUCUACAAGUUAGUCCUGCUCUCAGUUCUGCUGGGUUUCUUCCAACUCGCUGAAACGCUUGUGCCUGUAGGGAGUAAUACAGGGAGCAAACACAGACAGCAGUUUUUCACAGCUCUCUGCCUUAGACUUCUUGCCUGUAAAAACACAAGUCAGUAAAUGAAAAGGGAAAGGAUUAAUCGUUGCACCGUCAGCAAAGAUGAACAUGCCAUUGCAGUCAAUAGCAAUGCCUUUACAAUUACAGUGGUACCUCAGGUUAUGUACUUAAUUUGUUCCGGAGGUCCGUUCUUAACCUGAAACUGUUCUUAACCUGAAGCACCACUUAGGCUAAUGGAGCCUCUCGCUGCCGCCACGCGAUUUCUGUUCUCAUCCUGAAGCAAAGUUCUUAACCUGAGGUAUUAUUUCUGGGUUAGCGGAGUCUGUAACCUGAAGCGUAUGUAACCCGAGGUACCACUGUAUUAUUGGGGGGGGGGGAGAGAAUCUGUGUGUCCUGUGCAUUAUUGUACAUAAUGUUUAUAUCCAUGUCUGCUUUCAGCCUCUCCCGAUACAAGCUGAAGUUCAGCCCAGACAAAGUUGAUACCAUGAUCGUCCAAGCUAUUUGUGAGUACGGUUGGAAGUUAAAUACCUUGAUAUGUCUGCCACCAGCUUUUGAAUUCUUAAUACAGUCGUACCUUGGAAGUCGAACAACUUAGUUCUCGAACGUUUUGCCUCCCGGAUGCCGCAAACCCGGAAGUGAGUGUUCCGGUUUGUGAACUAUUUUUAGAAGACGAACGUCCAGCGGGGCUUCCAAUUGGCUGCAGGAGCUUCCUGCAGAAGCUGUGCUUUGGUUUCUGAACAUUUUGGAACCAGAACUAAUUCCGUUCGACUACCAAGGUACGCCUGUACCAGUAGCCACAAACAUUCUGCUACCUAGUUUGCCGCUGUAGAGUGUAUUUUUGUUUUCUAUCAACCCUUCUGAAAGAUCAGGAGCCAAGCCUAUCUUGGAACUGGGGACAAGAACAAGUCAGGAUGGCUCUCCGUUACUCCCGUUUUCCUCCAUAACUCAGGGUGGUGUCAGAGUCAAUAGGAGGGAGGUGCAGGGCCAGUGAUUAGCAUAAAUUUGGGCUAGCAAAACAUUUGAAUGCUUUCUAUUUGCGUAAAAGGUUUUUUGUUGUGAUCGCAAAAGCAAAUUCAGUUUUUUUCACCGGGUUUUUAGAGAGGCUUAUGUGAUCCCACCCACCCCCAUGCUGUGUCAGAUGAUUGCUGGCAAUCUGACCAAAUCAGUCUGUUAAAAUAACAGCAGUAAGUGAGAGGCAAACCUCCUUCAAUAGCCACAGAAGGAUGCUGUUUCUGUUACCUGGUUCUGUAGUAGGAUUUUUGAAUAUGGAUCAGCAAGAGCUUAUAGUCUUGGGCUUUUCUUUCCGAGGAUGAGAUGACUGUGUGAGUUAGAAACAGCUUCUCAUUGUCAAUUGAAGGUAGCUAGGGAAUGGGGCUGAGGGCUGCAUUUAUUUAUUUGGAUACCGUAUAAUUCAAUGAUAAGUAUUUCAUCAAGCCACAGUUUCUGUGGCUGCCAGUAGGUGGUGGUGGUGGUUGGGGAAACGUGAAGGGGAAGGUUGUUGUGCUUUCUUCAAGGUGUAAGGCAGGCAUGGCCAAACUUGGCCCUCCAGAUGUUUUGGGACUACAACUCCCAUCAUCCCUAGCUAACAGGACCAGUAGUCAGGGAUUAUAGGAAUUAUAGUUCCAAAACAUCUGGAGGGCCGAGUUUGCCCAUGCCUGGUCUAAGGGGACGGGGUGUUUUUGGUUUAGGGUGGGCUGGAUGGGGUGAGUGAGCAAAGUAAGCAGGUGUGGCAGCCCCAGAUAGUGAUAUUAUUUAAUAGUAAUAAUAAUAAUUUAUUAUGCACCACUGACAAAUGGGUUUGGGUGUUGUUUUUUCCAUGUGUGGGAAAUAGGAAACAGAUAAAGGGUAUUUUCUAACAGCGAUGGUAACUUUUUGCACCGUUCCUUCUGCUAGUAUUUGGAGUGACUUGUAUAAUUGGCUACUACACCGUUGUUGAUCUUAAUGGGUGCAAGUGUCGCAAGAUUUCUGGAUUUCCUCUUGUUCACGAGUCUCUUUCAACUACAAUUAAACUUAACUAUGGUUUAAAGGUGAAUGUGCAAUCUGCUAUUGCAUGGAGCUAAAAUCGCAAACACUUUGCUCCCUGCCCCUGCCCCUUUUGCCCCUGUUCUGCUAGGAAAUAAGCCGUGGUUCCUACUUAGCAUUAUAUCUGAAUUCGGAGUCAUGCUUUGUUCCUCAGCAAACAAGUCAUAAGUGAUAAACUGGGAACAAACUUUGGUUACAGCUCGGGAUUUGAAAAGAAGCAAGCCAUGAGCUCAGGUUGGCGCAUAACUAAGCCAAACCAUAGCUUAGUUCCCAGCAGAAGAGAAGUGUGGAUUUAGUCCUGAGCAUUUUAAAACUAUGGUUUAAUGUGAUAUACCUGAAGGAGCGUCUCCACCCCCAUCGUUCUGCCUGGACACUGAGGUCCAGCACCGAGGGCCUUCUGGCGGUUCCCUCGCUGCGAGAAGUGAGGUUACAGGGAACCAGGCAGAGGGCCUUCUCGGUAGUGGCGCCCGCCCUGUGGAACACCCUCCCACCAGAUGUCAAAGAGAACAAUAACCACCAGACUUUUAGAAGACACCUGAAGGCAGCCCUGUUUAGGGAAGCUUUUAAUGUUUGACAGACUACUGUAUUUUAAUAUUUUGUUGGGAGCCGCCCAGAGUGGCUGGGGAAGCCCAGCCAGAUGGACAGGGUAUAAAUAAAUUAUUAUUAUUAUUAUUAUUAUUUUAUUAUUAUUAUUAGGAAACCAGGCCAGUACGUUUAUUCCCUGAGAUCCUAGGAUAACUCAAGGUCUAGUUUCUAAAGUGAAACUAAGCUCAAGUAUCUCUUGCGUUUGUCUACCGCAGCUCUCCUUGAUGACUUGGACAAAGAACUGAACAACUAUAUAAUGCGCUGUCGAGAAUGGUACGGGUGGCACUUCCCUGAAUUGGGCAAAAUCAUCACAGAUAAUCUAACCUACUGUAAAUGUGUGCGGAAAAUUGGUGAGUAGCGCUGGGCUCCUUAGAUAAAAGGUGACAUCCAACAUCAUACCAGUAGACGCAGUAGGACUUGCCUUCCUCUCCUGCUGCCACCACGCAUCUCCCUAGCCUUCCAGAGCAGAUUUUGGGGGUGAGCAGGGGGCUGCAGGAGGGAGGAGAUAAAAUAAGAGGUGUGUUGUGCAAGCAGGAACACCACAGUUGGAUAUCGGCCACAUUGUGGCGUAUUCACUGCCUUCGAAAUUGUACAUUACAUCCUUUUUAUGCUAGAGAUCCACAAUGCACAACAUCUAUCACUGCAAUGCGUUAUACAUUGGGCUGCCUCUGAAGACGAUUGAAAACUUUGGCUAGUGUAGAAUUCAGCGGCCAGGUUACUCCCCGGAGCAAGACGGUUUGAGCAUAUUACCCUGAUUCUGGUCUGACUCCACUGGCUUCCAUUUAGUUUCAGGGCCCACAUCAAAGUGCUGGUUUUGACCUGUAAAGCCUUAAACAGCUCAGGACCGCAAUACCUCAAGGACCGCCUCUUUCCAUAUGAACCUACCCGGACCCUGAGAUCAUAUUCUGAGGCCCUCCUUCCUGUGCCUACUCCUCGAGAGCUCUGGAGGGUGGCAACACGAGAGCGGGGCCUUCUCUGCAGUGGCUCCCCGUCUGUGGAAUGCUCUCCCCAGCGAAGUUCGCCUGGUGCCUUCAUUAUACACCUUUAGGCACCAGGCAAAAACGUUCCUUUUUAACCAAGCCUUUGCUUGAUCUGAUUUCUAUAUUAUGCCCUUUUAAAAUGUGGGUCUUUUCGGGGGGUGUUAUUGGGCUGUCGUUUUUAUUUUGAUUAUAUAUUUUAUGGUUUUAUACUUUUGUUCUGUGAACCACCCUGAGACUUCCUGGUAUAGGGCAGUACAGUGGUACCUCGGGUUACAUACGCUUCAGGUUACAUACGCUUCAGGUUACAGACUCCGCUAACCCAGAAACAUUACCUCGGGUUAAGAACUUUGCUUCAGGAUAAGAACAGAAAUUGUGCUCCGUCGGCACAGCAGCAGCAGGGGGCCCCAUUAGCUAAAGUGGUGCUUCAGGUUAAGAACAGUUUCAGGUUAAGAACGGACCUCCAGAACGAAUUAAGUACGUAACCCGAGGUACCACUGUAUAUAAAUUAUAAUAAUAAUAAUAGCAAUAGUAAUAGCUAUAUUGGGACGCGGGUGGUGCUGUGGGUUAAACCACAGAGCCUAGGGCUUGCCGGUCAGAAGGUUGGCGGUUCAAAUCCCCGCAACGGAUUGAGCUCCCGUUGCUCAGUCCCUGCUCCUGCCCACUUAGCAGUUCGAAAGCACGUCAAAGUGCAAGUAGAUAAAUUGGUACCGCUCUGGCAGGAAGGUAAACAGCGUUUCCGUGCGCUGCUCUGGUUCGCCAGAAGCGGCUUGGUCAUGCUGGCCACACGACCCGGAAGCUGUACGCCGGCUCCCUCGGCCAGUAAAGCGAGAUGAGUGCCACAACCCCAGAGUCGGCCACGACUGGACCUAAUGGUCAGGGGUCCCUUUACUUUUAAUAGCUAUAUUUAUAAGUCCUGCUAUUGCCUACAUUCUAUAGAAUUCUUCAGUAACUGAGCUAUGGAAAAUACCAAAGAGCAGUGAAGAGAGAACUAAGCAAAUCUAUGGCUUACCAUGACUAAGAAAUCUUGCUGUUGCACAGAGGAAAAAUGGUGUCCACUUUGCUGCUUCCUCGCUCCUGCUGCUGCCACCGCCGCCAGAUUAACAGAAACUUAAUUUUUUAAGUUUUAAUUUUAAUCUUUUGUUGGAAGCCGCCCAGAGUGGCUGGCGAAACCCAGCCAGAUGGGCGGGGUAUAAAUAAUAAGUUGUUGUUGUUGUUAAACUAAGCCAUGGUUUGACUUAGCAUUGUGUCCAAACCAAAGUUCUUAUGCUUUGAUUACCGCUCAUGGUUUGUUUGGAUUGAGGCAAACUACAACCCUGGGUUUGGGCACAACACUAAGACAAACCAUGAAUUUGUUCUUGGUGGCAGGAGAGGAGCUAAGUGGUUGUGAUUUUCUCCCAACACAAUUAUUGAAGGUGAGGCUUGGCUUGGCUUGGCUUGGUUUAGCAUCGCAAGCUAACCAAGCCAUAGUACAGUUUCCUUUCUUUUGUGUUGGAGUUGUAAACCAAAACAAAUGAUGAGCAAGAGCCGAUGGUUAAUAACUCGCUCUCACCGGCCCACUCACAAAUUCUACAUAAAUGGGAACUAACACCACGCCGUAGAGAUUACCAUUUCAAAUUAAGUAUAAUGUGGAAAGACACAGCUGCCUGUCUGUGGUGGAGAAGUGUUCUUCAAAGUCACAGCUGAUUAAGACUUUCAAGAGCCCAUCUGCUUCCAUGUUUGAUUUUCUGCAACCCUGUGACACCAUGUUUAGAGAAGUUCUUGGCAAGUUGAGAUAAGACAGGCACCCGGUUAUCUGUGCUUUCCAGAACCUGUUGAAGACAGUUUUGUUUCGACAAGCUUUUGCAGCUGAGUGGAAAGGGCUCUGCCUUAGCUAUUUGUCUUGUCACGUUUUUAAAUCGUAUCUUCAGGGUUUUGUUUUUAAAUUUUUAAGAACUACUGUAUUUUUUGCUCUAUAAGACACACUUUUUCCCUCCUAAAAAGUAAGGGGAAAUGUGUGUGUGUCUUAUGGAGUGAAUGCAGGCUGCACAGCUAUCCCAGAAGCCAGAACAGCAAGAGGGAUUGCUGCUUUCACUGCGCAGCGAUCCCUCUUGCUGUUCUGGCUUCUGAGAUUCAGAAUAUUUUUUUUCUUGUUUUCCUCCUCCAAAAACUAGGUGUGUCUUAUGGCGCGAAAAAUACGGUAUUUCCCUUACGUUGUAAGUCAUCUCAGCACAUAUGUAUAAGGCUGUUCAUAAGCGAAUAGAUGUUAAAUGUUUUAAAACUUGGCUUCUGUCACUGCUUGCCAUUCAUUCCAACUCCUUUACAGUGGUACCUCUGGUUGCGAACGGGAUCCGUUCUGGAGGCCCAUUCGCAACAUGAAAAGAACGCAACCCGCGUCUGCACACGUGCGGGUUGCAACUCGCCGCUUAUGCGCAUGCGUGUGACGUCAUUUUGCACGUCUGCGCAUGCGCGAGCGGUGAAACCCAGAAGUAACCCUUUCCGGUACUUCUGGAUCGCCGCAGGACGUAUCCUGAAAGAACGUAACAUGAAGCGGACAUAACAUGAGGUAUUUUGCUUCCCAGGAGACAGAAAAAACUUUGCCUGUUCUGACCUGUCUGAGGCCCUCCCUGAGGAGGUUGAGGAGGAGGUGAAAGCAGCUGCCGAAAUCUCCAUGGGGACUGAGGUGUCAGAGGAAGACAUCAGCAACAUACAACAUCUCUGUGACCAGGUGAUGGUGAUGGUGGUGUGGUUUUGUCAAAAGUUUGUUUCAUUGGCAUAUUUGCAUUAUGGAUUUACUCCUCUGAAAUUCACUUGGGGGGGGAGGAUGGAUGGAUGGAUAUGGAAUUUGUAGUUCAUAGCUGGUCCAAAACGAAAACAGCGAUUUAAGUCAAAGCCCAUACCUCCAGCGUUGCUCACAAUCAAUGGGCAGCCUGUGUAAAAGGCCUUAGUGCUACUGCCUUCAGUUGAGCCUAAUUCUGUUUUAAAUCUAAAGUGAUCCCGCCUAACUGGCGGUAAAUCCUAAAGAAGCAAUUUUGGAAAGCCUUUCAGGCCAACGUUCUUGAUGGCAGUGAUGAUUUCCUUGAUGAUGCUUUCCCUGAUGUAUAAACCAUGAGGGUUGCACAGUCACUACCUCUUCUGAUGCCAUCUCGAAUAGCUAAAUUAAGGACAUUAAAGUAGGCAUAAUGUGAACAGUUCUUCUGAGAUUUUCAGCAGAAGCAUUGCCUUGACCAGCCUUGUUUCAUAUUUCAGGUAAUCGAGAUAUCGGACUAUCGAGCACAGCUGUACGAUUAUUUGAAAAACAGAAUGAUGGCCAUUGCGCCUAACCUCACCAUCAUGGUGGGAGAGCUGGUGGGAGCCAGACUCAUCGCUCACGCAGGUAAGCUUGACGCAAUGGGGGGAGACGUGUUGUGCUUAACUGUCCUGCACUUCACAACAUCGAAAGGUCACAAGUCCAUUGACCAAGACCGGCUUUGUGAACCUAGAGACUUGGUGUCUGCGAAAUAGAAGCCUAGAAGUUGUCGGUGAUGAUUUUGUCCUGAAGUUUGCUUGAUUUCAUCUCGAAACAUGAAGGCAACUCCUAGUCACUACCUCUUCUGAGACAUCUUCUGGGCUCUGCUGUAGUUCCUUCUCGGCUGCCUCCCCCAAAUAAAACGCAAUGAAUGCCUCGUUUAUUGGCAUCGUUUUGCAAGGAAGAUUAAACUGGGUUGAAUUAUGUUACUGCCGAUUGCCAAAUUACCGUAUUUUUUGCUCUAUAAGACUCACUUUUCCCCUCCUAAAAAGUAAGGGGAAAUGUGUGUGUGUGUGUGUGUUACGGAGCGAAUGCAGGCUGCGCAGCUAUCCCAGAAGCCAGAACAGCAAGAGGGAUUGCUGCUUUCACUGCGCAGCGAUCCCUCUUGCUGUUCUGGCUUCUGAGAUUCAGAAUAUUUUUUUCUUGUUUUCCUCCUCCAAAAACUAGCUGCGUCUUGUGGUCUGGUGCAUCUUAUAGAGCGAAAAAUACGGUAUGUAUCGGCUUCUAUGGCAUGGGUAGCUAACCUGUGGCCCUGUAGAUGGAAGUUCAAUAACAAGUGAAGGAGCAUUGGUUUGCCACCAUCUCUCUUCUUCAAGAUUGUCUUUCAGAGGCUGGUGAUUAUUAUUAUUGUUAUUAUUGUUGUUGUUGUUGUUGUUGUUGUUGUUAAUUAAUACCCUGCCCAUCUGGCUGGAUUUCCCCAGCCACUCUGGGCAGCUCCUGACAGAAUACUAAAAACACAAUAAAGGAUCAAAUAUUAAAAACUUUCCUAAACAGGGCUGCUUUCAGAUGUCUUCUAAAAGUCAGAUACAGUGGUACCUCGGGUUACCGAUGCUUCAGGUUACAGACGCUUCAGGUUACAGAAUCCGCUAACCCAGAAAUAGUACCUCAGGUUCAGAACUUUGCUUCAGGAUGAAAUCAGAAAUCGCGUGGCAGCGGGAGGCCCCAUUAGCUAAAGUGGUGCUUCAGGUUAAGAACUGUUUCAGGUUAAGAAAGGACCUCUGCAACAAAUUAAGUUCUUAACCCGGGGUACCACUGUAGUUGUUUAUUUCCUUGACAUCUGAUGGGAGGGCGUUCCACAGGGCAGGUGCCACCACCGAGAAGGCCCUCUGCCUGGUUCCCUGUAAACCUACCUCACAGUGAAGGAACCGCCAGAAGGCCCUCAGAGCUGGACCUCAGUGUCCGGGCUGAACGAUGGGCGUGGAGACCUCCUUCAGGUAUAUAAAACUUGAAACUUGGUUCUUUUGCCCGAGUCCUCUUUCGAAGGCUGCUAAUUCAUGCAAACUCCUGUUGUAUCUUUUCUUAACGCAGGCUCUCUCUUGAACCUGGCUAAGCACCCAGCGUCGACGGUUCAGAUCCUGGGAGCCGAAAAGGCACUCUUCAGAGCACUGAAGACUAAACGCGACACACCCAAGUUCGGUCUGAUCUAUCACGCUUCUCUGGUGGGGCAGACGACAGCCAAGAACAAAGGAAAGGUGAGAUGCUCUAAAACACACGUUGCUUUCUGAUUCCUUGAACCGGCAUCUACAGGUAACUAAGGAACCAAGACUUUUGACAUUUGACUUUGUCUCUAGUAAGGCUUCAUUGUUAGUCUAAAUUUGGUAUUUUCCAGAGUUCUGGGGUGCCACCCCUCUCCAAACCCUUUCUGCCUUGUGGCUUUUUAAUAUUUGUUGUCGUUUAGUCGUGUCCGACUCUUCGUGACCCCAUGGACCAGAGCACGCCAGGCACUCCUGUCUUCCACUGCCUCCCGCAGUUUGGUCAGACUCAUGCUUGUGGCUUCGAGAACACUGUCCAACCAUCUCGUCCUCUGUCGUCCCCUUCUCCUUGUGCCCUCCAUCUUUCCCAACAUCAGGGUCUUUUCCAGGGAGUCUUCUCUUCUCAUGAGGUGGCCAAAGUAUUGGAGCCUCAGCUUCAGGAUCUGUCCUCUCAGGGCUGAUUUCCUUAAGAAUGGAUAGGUUUGAUCUUCUUGCAGUCCAUGGGACCCUCAAGAUUCUCCUCCAGCACCAUAAUUCAAAAGCAUCAGCUUUUCAGUGAUCAGCCUUCUUUAUGGUUCAGCUCUCACUUCCAUACAUCACUACUGGGAAAACCAUAGCUUUAAUUAUACGGACCUUUGUUGGCAAGGUGAUGUCUCUUUUUUAUAUUAUUGGAAGCAAAAGGAGAGAGGGAACCUGAAAAUGGCGUUGAAAUAUUAUAAAUAGUAACAAUAAACACCCUAGUUGUUUCAAUUUCAUGAGAGCCUUCUCAUGAAUUGAAUUCCCAUCCUUGCUUAUCUGGAAGUCCUUUCUGUCAUAUAUAUAUAUAUAUGUUUUUGUGUGUUCUUUUAUCUGUUCCUCUAGCAAUAGACCGUAUUUUUCUGUGUAUAAGACGAUGUUUUUUGCUUUUAAAAAAUCAGCAAAAAAUUGGGGCUCGUCAGAUGGUACACAGGGUUCUGGCUCGGAUCGCGGGUUGCAGUUUGCCGACUCAGACCCAAAAAGAAGCUUAACAACUUUUAGGACAAUCACCCCCCAAAAAAAGCUCAAGAACUUUCAGCUGCCGAUCGUCCCUGGACAUGGCGAGCAAGGGGAGCCCGGCAGGCUCUGGCUGAGCUCACCCAGCGGCCCUGCGAGCCAAAGACGGCACUCACUCUGUAGCUAUCACUGUUUGUUCGGUGGCUGCAGCACCAGAAAGAGGUGCUCAGCUCCACUAUUCAAGCAGCAGGAGGAGGAAGAAUAGCUUGCAUAAAAAACCCCUGCCAGUGCUGCUGCUGCCACUGCUGCUCUUGUCAACCAGCCACCGUGGUUUUGGGAACCCUAAUUUAUAAUGAUGAUGAUGAUGAUGAUUUAUUAUUUUAUACCCCAGCCAGAACCAAGCUCAGAGCAGCUAACACCAAUAAAAUUAGAAUAAAAUCUAAAAUGGGGAAAAAUCGGUUAAUUAAAAUACGGGUUAAAAUACAAUUUAAAAUGCAGCCUCUUUUUAGUAGUAGCCCAUAAAUCGAAACCAUAAGGGGAGGGUCAGACAAAGUUCAAACCAAAGGCCAGGCAGAACAGCUCCAUCUUGCAAGCCCUGCGGAAAUAUGUCAAAUCCCGCAGGGCCCUGGUCUCUUGUGGCAGAGCGUUCCACCAAGUCGGGGCCAGUACUAAAAAGGCCCUGGCCCUAGUUGAGACCAAUCUAACCAUCUUGUUACUUGUGGACCUUAAGGUCCUCCGCGGGGCAUACCAGGAGAGGCAGUCCCGUAGGUACUGAUUAAGAAAUACUGAUUUCUUAAUUGUGGGUUCAAAAAAAUAGAGGCUGCCUUAUACAUAAGGGCGUCCUAUGGUAUUCCUAUUCUGAUUUAUGAUUUAUAAAUAAUUCAGUGAAGGAAAAACGAGUUACUCCAUUUGGUAGUGGUUAAAGUUAUGUAUUUGUUUUGAAAUACUAGGCUUUCACUGUUAUAAAAGCAGCUUGUUAUUUUCAACAAAGGAGACCCUUGUGAGCAUUCAUCCUUCAUUGCUUUAAACUAUGAGCAGAAGUUCCCUUUGUGCUAACCUGUGUUGGGAUAAGCUGGAGCACCAUGGGCAAAGUCAACUGCCAACUUGGUUUCAUUGGGGGGGUAUUUAAUUUAAUUUAAUUUUUCUUUCCAGAUCUCACGAAUGCUGGCAGCUAAAACAGCCUUGACUAUCCGUUACGAUGCUCUCGGAGACUCGAGCAGCGCUGAGAUGGGAGCAGAAAACAGGUUGAAAGUCGAGACAAGGCUGAGGCACUUGGAGGAGAAAGGGGUGAGCCUGCAAAAACAUGGAAAGACAAUUUUAUGUGGUUAUUUUAUUAUUAUUAUUUCUAUACCGCCCUAUACCCGAAGGUCUCAGGGCGGUUCACAUAACGGAUGCUUCUCGGUGGCGGCAGCAGUCCACACUGCUUAAAGUACUUUAUAGAGUGUAGUGAUGAAGCUGGAAGAUGUGCAGAGGAGGGUAACCAAGGCUAUCAGGUCUAGAAACCGAGCUUUAUGAAGAACGGUUGAAGGAGCUGGGUACGUUUAGCCUGAAAAAGAGGAGACCAAGAGAGGAGAUCAUCAUCAUCAUUCAUUCAUGGGAGCCAGUGUGAUGUAGUGGUUAAGAGGGGUGGACUGGUGAACCGGGUUCGCGUCUCCGCUCCUCCACAUGCAGCUGCUGGGUGACCUUGGGCUAGUCACACUUCUCUGAAGUCUCUCAGCCCCACUCACCUCACAGAGUGUUUGUUGUGGGGGAGGAAGGGAAAGGAGAUUGUUAGCCGCUUUGAGACUCCUUUGGGUAGCGAUAAAGCGGGAUAUCAAAUCCAAACUCUUCUUCUUCUCUUCUUCAUUUUUUAAUUUGCAUACCGUCUUUCUAUCUUACAAUACAGUCAUACCUCGGGUUAAAUAUGCUUCAGGGUUGAGCGUUUUCAGGUUAUGCUCCGCAGCGACCCAGAAGUAACGGAGCACAUUAUUUCCGGGUCUCGCCGCUCGCACAUGCGCAGACGCUCAGAAUGACGUCAUGCGCAGAAGCGGAGAAACGCAACCCGCAGUCGCAUGUUACGUUUACUUCAGGAUGCGAACAGGGCACCGGAACGGAUCCCGUUCGUAUCCAGAGGUGCCGCUGUACUCAAGGCGGUUUACAAGAUGAAGAAACAAAAAAUGUACAUCUUAUAAAUGUACAUCCAAUGCAAUACAAAAUGUACAUCCAAUGCAAUACAAAAAUGUGAUAAUAAAACUUUAAGAUAGGCAACCUACAUCAAAAAAGUAACAUUCAACAAUCACUAGAAUAGUAUUAAAUGAUAAUAACAUAUACAAGUUAAACAGAAAUCCACUCAACAGUUACAAUAAAUAAUUUCUAAACUAUAAUCAAUAAAACAAUGGCAAGCCGCAGUACAUAAAAUAAUACAAUACAAAUUGAGAAGCAGAGACUAGAGGGUAGAGCAAGGCAGGUGGAAGGAGGCCUUGCCUGAUGGAGUCUCUUCCCUCAUAGUUCUUUCUCCAGGCCUAGCUUCCUUAUGAGGACUCCUAGGGUCAGAGGGUGGGGCAAGGCAGGUGGAAAAAUAUGACAGCCAUCCUCCUAUAUCUCAAGGGCCGUCACACGGAAGAAGGAACAAGCUUGUUUUCUCCUGCUCUGGAGGGUAGGACUCGAAACAAUGGCUUCGAGUUACAAGAAAGGCGAUUCCAACUAGACGUCAGAAGAAGCUUUCUGACAGUAAGAGCUGAUUGACAGUCUCCCUCAAGAGGUAGUGGAGUCUCCUUGGAAGUUUUAAGCAGAGGUUGGAUGGCCAUCUGUCAUGGAUGGCAUUUGGACUAGAUGUCUCUUGGGGUCCCGUCCAAUUCUACCGUUCCAUGAGACAUCAGUUGACACAUUGGCAGUAAAGGCAGAGAUAAGGUCAACUUCCAACUAUUUGCCUGCAUUCCCAUUCCAGGCCACCUUUUAUUCCAUGGAUCUAUCAGCUUGGCUGGGAUGCAGGUGGCACUGUGGGUUAAACCACAGAGCCUGCGACUUGCCGAUCAGAAGGUCGGCGGUUCGAAUCCCUGCAAUGGGGUGAGCUCCCGUUGCUCGGUCCCUGCUCCUGCCAACCUAGCAGUUCGAAAGCACGUCAAAGUGCAAGUAGAUAAAUAGGUACCGCUCCAGCGGGAAGGUAAACGGCGUUUCCGUGCGCUGCUCUGGUUUGCCAGAAGCAGCUUAGUCGGCCCAUAAAGCAAGAUGAGCGCCGCAACUCCAGAGUCAGUCACAACUGGACCUAAUGGUCAGGGGUCCCUUUACCUUGAUCAGCUUGGCUCUUCCUUUGCAACACAGCUCAAACUCAAGCUGCGUUAUGAAGGAAAAAAUGGGUCAUCUGGCCUCAGGUGGGUGACCCCCACCCACCUGUCAAGAUGACCCACCUAUGGGGGUGGGAAGUUCAGAAUCCAGAGUAGGAGAAACAUUAGGCUUUGGAGAACUCCUGAAAGCAUGAGGGGUGGGAAUUGCAGCAGGAGAAGGAAGGAAAGGGCCUUGCUAGAUCUUUGCUUGGUUCAUUCACACAGCAUGGAAUCUGGACUUUGGAAACGUCAAAGCACCGAACUUUUCAUUCUGCACAUACCAGGUGGCUGUGGUUGACUCUCGACUCGCUCAGUUCUCAUCCACGCUGUUUCUUAAUUCCUUUUCUUCUGGGAUAUGGAACUGGUGUCCCACAAGAAGGCAUGGAAAUCCUAGGAUUUGCUGUUAACCGCCCAGUGGAAGGAGAUCCAAAUAGUUCAGCCCAGCCUUCCAGAUGUUUUUGGACUACAACAUUAUCAGCCUUAGCCAGACCCUAUAAUGAUGGGGUUGGGGAGAGUUGUUGUCCCGAACAUCUGGAGAACAUCAGGCUUGCGGAGGCUGUUUUAGCCCAGCCCGUGUUUCUUCCGCGAGGAGAGAGCCAAGGUUCCCCUGUUAUUAGGAGUAGUUCACUCCAGCCUGCUUUUUCUUAUGAGAACCUGUGAUCAGCUUUAAUUCUUCUUAGCAAUGUUGUGCCAACAUUUUAUCAUCAGUCAUUUGUUCCUCAUAACUGUGCCUUUCUCCCCCUCAGAUAAGACGGAUAAGUGGCACGGGAAAAGCCCUGGCCAGGGCAGACAAAUAUCAGCACAAGAGGUUGGUAGUUGUAUGUUUUGUUUUGUUUUUCUUUUGCUUCCCAAAUGCUUGCGUUUUAAUUUUUCCUCACUGUCUCCUGCAUUGGUGGAAACAUUUUCAAUAUUCUCAGCACAGCCUUGCUUGCUGCAAGGUUGCAUGUCUCAGGUUGCAUGUUUGGCUCGUUGCUAGCUCUCUUCUUUUUUUCCUUACCUUGGUGGCGGCGUUUUAGUUUAAUACAGAUUAAUAAUACAACCUUUGUGCAUUAUGAGCCGAAGGAGUCCAGAUACCAGCCCAUAGUGGAUAGAACACCACGUGUUUCCUAAUACGGUGGCACCUUGGUUCUCAAACUGCUCAAACACACAUUUUUAAAGAAACCGGAAGCUUUUUUAUUAGGCAUUUUAACAAUAAGUAUUCCAAAAGAAAAAAAAAGAGUGCUUCUUUACGCAACAACAGCAGCCAGAAUGUUGGAAUAUUGGAAAAACGAGUUAACACCAACCUUGACUUCACCAAAAUGACAGAACUAAUAAGACAUCACUCAGGAGACAAGGUUAAAAAAGAAUGGGAUUACUUUAAAAAUUAUCUCCAAAAUAUGGUUCCAGUAACAACACUUGUUGUGCCUAGACUAAUUUUACAGGUAUAAGGGAAAUUCCGUGUGUGUUUUUAAAUAAUUGAAUACAGAUUACUUAAGUGUAAGAGAUGUGUAGUAGCCAGAAAGAGUUAGGGGGAAGUAAAAAAAAACAUAUAAGGGACUCAAACCGGUUUAGAGGAACAGAAAGAAUGUGACUGUAAGGGAAAAAGAGAGAGAAAAGCAGAAAUAUGAAGGUAACUUCUUUCUAGGAACUUUAUAUAUAGAAUAUUCAAAUUAUGGUUUGUACUCCUGAAAUGAUUUUGUGUAUUGGACAAAUAUUCCGCCCCCCUUUUCUUUGUUUCCUUUUCCUUGUUCUCCUCAUUUUGAUUUUGGAUCGUUGUUGAUUGUUUUUCUGUUUGCAAAAUUAAUACAGCAUGCAUAUGUAUACAUAUGCGCAUAUAUAUAUAUAAAACACACACACACACACACACACACACACACACACACACACACACAUAUAUACACACACACACACACACACACACACACACACACACAUUGUUUGUAGCCAGGGCCACAAACAAACAAACGACCACACAAUCCUUUGGAAGACAGAGACGCAAGAGGGCAUCAGAGGAGGGAGAAAAGGAAAGAGGGACAGAGGCCAGUGCUGUCCACGGUGCCCCUGACCAUCCUUCAAGACAUCCCACGGUUCGCUGGUUGAAAACCAGUGCCCAAAGUCAUUCAGGCUAAGAAAAGAUGGGCGUGAUCUUCGGUUCUCGUGCUUUUUCCUUGCAUUUUUUUAAAAACCAAAAUAAAACUCCUUUUGUCAUUCAAGUGAAGUGAAAACAUACGACCCUUCUGGGGAGUCGACGCUUCCUCCGGUCCCAGGAAAGCGCAAACGUGAAUUGGAAGACGAGGAGGAGGAGACGACGACGACAGCAGGCCCAGGAAAAGCAAAGAAGGCGAAAAUAGUAGAAAUCAAAGGUUAGUUGCUGUGCCUCCGGAAUCUCAGUUGCGUCUGAAGUCACUUGAUUGGCUUCCACCUCCUUUGUGUAAAUGUACUUUUGUAAAAUGGUUUCCUUGCCGGCCGUUGGACUCGCCACUAUGCUCUCUUUGUGUAGCCUGAAACAAAUUUGAUGGGCUUCCCAGUCUGCUUGAAAGGUUCCGCAAAUCAUCUUCCAUUCUGCCUCUUCCAAACUUCUGGGAAGAGUGCCUGGCAUUUUGUAGCCAAAGCAGCAAGAGCCACAUAAAGAAACUUUUUGUGUGUGUGGAGCUGGUGUUGGUGGGGAGAUCAAUCAGGUUUGGAGAAAGACAAAAACUCCUUCUCAGGAUAAGUCCCUAAAGCGGGGGGGGGGGGGGGAGAAGUACCUUCCAAACAGCCCAAAGGAAACUUUUUUAAAAAAUAUUUUUUAUUAAUUUUAACAUAUAAAUUAUAAUACAUACCACAAAACUUCACAACUUAUACAAUCUUUUUUUUUUUUGGACUUCCAUCAGCACCUCUGAUGAUCCACCGUUUUUGUCACUUCUUAUGCAUUUCUUAAAUUCAUAUUGCCUUUAAUUAUCUUAACUAACCAUCCUCCCCUUUAUCCAUUUUUGCAAUAGUUCCAAUAAUUCACCUCACAAAACUUCUUGCAAACCUACAAACGUAGUCUGAUCAUCACAAUUACUUUUCAAAUAGUCUGUAAAUUUACACCAGUCUUCUGUGAAUCUCUGGUCCUGCAGAUUUCGAAUCCUUCCUGUUAGUUUGUCUAGUUCUGCAUAGUCCAUUAAUUUCAUCCUCCAUUCUUCUUUCGUCGGUAAUUCUUCUUGCUUCCAUUUUUGUGCCAAUAAUAUUCUUGCUGCCGUCGUUGCAUAUAAAAACAUUCUUUCUAUUUACAUUCUUUUCUAUUUAUAUCAGUUCCUACAAUGCCCAGUAAAAAAGCCCAAAGGAAACUCAGUGGAAUGGGAGGAACGAUAGAACAGAAUUGGAGGAAGGGAGACAAAAAUCAAAUACAGCCGUACCUUGGUUAUCACACGCCCUGGUACUCAGACGUUUUGGCUGUCGAACGCCGCAAACCCGGAAGUGAAUGUUCCGGCUUGCAAACAUUCUUUGGAACUCAAACGUCUGACGGGGCUUCCGAUUCGCUGCAGGAGCUUCCUGCAGCCAAUCGGAAGCCGCGCUUUGGUUUCCGAACGUUUUAGAAGCUGAACAGACUUCCGAAAUGGAUUCCGUUCAACUUCCAAGGUGCGACUGUAGAGGGAUCAAAAUAAUUCAUUGUCUGUUGUGCACAACAGUCUUCCCCCACCCCUUGAUCAAAAUGGAGGGUGGGGGGGAAACGGCUUACUCUUCUUUCCCGGCAAAAAAAUACCCCCAGGACUGGGCACGUUCAGUGGGCAAGGAAUGUGAUGGGCUGACUUCACUUGCAGAAACGAAUUGCCACCUUUUCAUUUUAAUUGGUGACAGCCCCUUCUGGGCUGGGUUUGCCAGUCGACUGCUGCGGUGUUUUGAUGAUGUUGUUGUUGUUGAUGAUGAUGAUGAUGAUAUUUUAUUUAUAUCCCGCCCUCCUCCUUGGGCUAGAGUUCUGUGAGGAUUACCAAAGAAGGGGGUCAGACUGUGCCUUGGCCAAAGGCCUGGUGGAACAGCUCUGUCUUGCAGGCCCUGCGGAAAGAUGUCAAGUCCCGCAGGGCCCUAGUCUCUUGUGGCAGAGCGUUCCACCAGAUCGGGGCCACAGCCAAAAAAUGCCCUGGCUCUGGUUGAGGCCAGCCUAACCUCCCUGUGGCCCAGGACCUCCAAGAUGCUUUUGUUUGAAGACCGUAGGGUCCUCCGUGGGACCUACCAGGAGAGGGCGGUCCCAUAGGUACGAGGGUCCUAGGCCGUAUAUGGCUUUAAAUGUUAAAACCAGCACCUUAAACCUGAUCCUGUACUCCACUGGUAGCCAGUGCAGCUGAUAUAGCACCGGGUGAAUGUGAUCCCACGGAGAGGACCCCAUAAGGAGUCUCGCCGCGGCAUUCUGCACCCGCUGGAGUUUCUGGGUCAGUCUCAAGGGCAGCCCCACAUAGAGUGAGUUACAAUAAUCAAGUCUGGAGGUGACCGUCGCGUGGAUCACAGUGGCUAGGUCAGGGCGAGAGAGGUAAGGCGCCAACUGCUUAGCUUGGCGGAGAUGAAAAAAUGCCGCCUUUGUUAUAGCUGCAAUCUGCGCCUCCAUGGAAAGGGAGGUGUUGAAGAUUACACCCAAACUCUUAACGGACGGUGCUGGCACUAAUUGCGCCCCGCAAGAGAUGGGAGUUGCCCCCCCAAUCUCAUAUCGCCCCGUCCCAGCCACAGGACCUCUGUCUUCGAAGGAUUUAGCUUCAACCGGCUCCCACAUAACCAUCCAGCCACAGCUUCCAAACCUCUGGUCAGUGUGCCUGGGGCCGAGUCAGGAUGGCCAUCCGUCAACAGAUAGAGUUGGGUGUCAUCAGCAUAGGAAAAGGCUCCUAGCCCAAAGGAGCUUGCGAAGAAGAAAAGUCAUCUAUCUAGUCUGAGUUUUCUCAUUUAGAACUCUGUUAAGGAGCAGCCACCCUGCAUCUUGGUUUGCCAUGCAGAUAACCACAUAUCUGGAGUGCCUGCAUGCAAAGCAGGAGUGCAGGAUACGUGCUUAUUAAAGAGUUCCCCAUGUCGGAACGAGUACUGAGCCCACUGUCCUCUAAAUCUCCACAGCGAUGGUCUGUUCAGCUUCACAAUUCUCCCUCUCUUGACAGAUUGCCAAAGCCUGAGGCUUUAGUUUUUGUUGGCUGAAAACAUCCUUUUUUAGUGGAGUUUUGUAGCUUUGGUACUCGGAAUGCUGUGUGUUGCCCACAGUCCUCCGGGCUAAAAGCGAUGGGUGUUUUCCAUCCAAAGGCUCUUUAUUCAUAAGUGGGUCUAAUAGAAUAGGGCCAGUGUUUGUCAAAAGACAGAACGGUAUAGUCCAAAAUAUUGUAUACCAACUUAAUUCUUAUUUAUAUUGAUACAUUCCUUCUUCAAAUGGAGUCAGAGUUGAGUUGGGGGAACAUAAGAUGGUUUGAGCAUAUUACCGUGAUCCUGGUCUGACUGCACUGGCUACCAGCUAGUUUCCGGGCCCAAUCCAAAGUGCUGGUUUUGACCUAUAAAGCCAUAAAUGGCUCAGGACUGCAAUACCUCAAGGACCGCCUCUUCCUAUAUGAACCUACCCGGAGCCUGAGAUCAUCUUCUGACGCCCUUCUUUGUGUCCCUCCUCCUCGAGAGGUCCAGAGGGUGGCAACAUAAGAACGGGGCCUUCUCUGCAGUGGCUCCCCGUCUGUGGAAUGCUCUCCCCAGCGAAGUUCGCCUGGCGCCUUCAUUAUACACCUUUAGGCGCCAGGCAAAAAUGUUCCUUUUUAACCAGGCCUUUGGUUGACCUGAUUUACCUCCUAUGCCCUUUUAAAAUGUGGGUUUUUGGGGGGGGCACUAUUGGGUUGUUUUUGAUUUUUAUUAUGUAUUUUGUGGUUUUAUAUCUUGAUUUUAUUCUGUGAACCACCCUGAGACCCCGUGUAUAGGGCGGUAUAUAAAUUCAAUUAAUUCUUCUUUUUCUUCUUCUUCUUUAUUUCUUACAUUUAUAUACCACCUUUAUCUUCCAAGGAUCUCAAGGUGGUGUACAUGGUGUACAGAAGGCCGAGGGCCUUCUGGCGGUUCCCUCAUUGCGAGAAGUAAGGUUACAAUAAUAUAAUAAUAAUUUUCCCCAUAGUGGAGGAAGAGGAAGUGGAGGAAGAGGAAGAGCAGGAGGAACCUGUCGUCAAGAAGAAGAAGAAGAAGAAGGAGAAAAAGAUGAAAGCUCAGGAAGAAGCUGCUUGGGUAGCGGAUGAGGAAGAAGAAGAACCAUCAACUAGCAUUUCAGUCGAGGUAAGAUGCUUCAAAUCGUCCAAGAUGACAUAUGCUGCUGUAGUGAAAACUUGUGGCAGCCGCACGUCCAUAAUUCGGUUUGUCAGUCGCUUGUUGGAGGGUUGAAUGAACAUGGGCACGCUAGGAAUGCUUACUGUUUGAAUUGCAGGAGUUAAAAAACCUGCAUGAUCUGGAUCAUGGGUAGGCAGACUAUUCUCCCCCCCCCCCAAUAAUAUUUAUUAUUUUUCAUACAAAAACAUAACAAAAGAGAGAGUAAACAAUAAUAAAAGGGGGGGGGAGAGAAAAGGAUAUGAAACAUAAAAUACAUCAACUCACUACGUAAACUAAAACUUAAUUAAUUAAUUAAAAUCCAUCUUCAUAAAUGUAUUACUUGGCUUCCUCUAAUCUCUUCCAUCUGAAUUUCUUAGUAAUUAUAUAUAGCAGUUUCCAAUAUCAUUAUUUCAUGAAACCAUAUCACAGUCAUAAUCAUAUUUCCUAACUUUUCUUAUCGUACAUGUUCUUAUUUAUUUAUUUAAUCCUAAUUUAGUCCUAGGCCUAAUUAAUUCUUUCAAGUGGUUACAUAUCUUUAAUAUUGUGGGUAGGCAGACUAAGGCCCUGGGGCCGGAUCCGGCCCAAUCGCCUUCUAAACCUGGCCCGCAGACGGUCUGGGAAUCGGCGUGUUUUUACAUGAGUAGAAUGUGUCCUUUUAUUUAAAAUGCAUCUAUGGGUUGUUUGUGGGGCCUGCCUGGUGUUUUUACAUGAGUAGAAUGUGUGGUUUUAUUUAAAAUGCAUCUCUGGGUUAUUUGUGGGCCAUAGGAAUUCGUUCAUUCCCCCCCCAAAAAAUAUAGUCUCUCCCCCCCCCCCCCCGAGAUCUGAGAGACAGUGGACCGGUCCCCUGCUGAAAAGGUUUACACACCUCUGAUCUGGAAUGUCAGAGCGUAUGGGGAAACAGCGCUUUUCCUAAAUACCUUGAUGCAUCUGUCAGAAUUGCGUGGAGCCCACCCUCAUGAAAAAAGACAAUUGCCUGCUUAUGUACCCUGUAAAGUUAAAGGGACCCCUGACCAUUAGGUCCAGUCGUGACCGACUCUGGGGUUGCGGCGCUCAUCUCACUUUAUUGGCCGAGGAAGCCGGCGUACAGCUUCCAAGUCAUGUGGCCAGCAUGACUAAGCCGCUUCUGGCGAACCAGAGCAGCGGACAGAAACGCCAUUUACCUUCCCGCCGGAGCGGCACCUAUUUAUCUACUUGCACUUUGACGUGCUUUCGAACUGCUAGGUGGGCAGGAGCAGGGACUGAGCAACGGGCGCUCACCCCGUCGCGGGGAUUUGAACCGCCGUCCUUCUGAUCGGCAAGUCCUAGGCUCUGUGGCUUAACCCACGGCACCACCCACGUCCCUUUAUGUACCCUGUAGCCAUGUCUUAUUCCACAACCCUCCAACGUCUCGUUCUGCAGAGCCAUUCAAGGCUUUGACGAACCAGAGAGCUCUUGCCGGGGCAGAAACGACCCUCUUCAGCCUCAUGUGCGUCACAAGCCGCAUGCGUUGACAUGCGUGCACUCGGCGUCGCAUAGCAGCGGCCCGGUCCCAGUGGCGCAGUUCCGAGGAGGAGCUAUUUUGGAAGCAGGUGUGGCCCACGCUGCUGCGUUUUGAUUGGCGAGCAUCUUGCCUCCAGUUAAACUUCUCCGUAAAUGGAGGGAGAAGGGCUUUGUUCUGCUGAGAUGCUUAGAGAUGAAAGCUUCUCUUCUCUUGCUGAGUGCUGUUGACUCAUUUCAUUAGGGUCAUAUCGAUGGUAACCAUGGAUCCCUGCGGUUCUCGCGAGCCUCUCCGUCUAAAGAGAUUAGCAAAGAGGGAGCAGAAUAGGACCGUGCCUCUGCUGCUCACAUCUCAAAGGAAAAACCCAAAAACCCUUAGAUGCAAAUCAAUCUUCCUAAUUUUGAAUUUUGUAUAUUUCAUAAUUGGGAGUAGAGAGGUAACAACGCUUAUUCUUUUUCCAGACUUCAGAGAAGAAGAAGAAAAAGAAAAAGAAGAUUAAAGAGGAGCCGGAAGAUGAUUAAGAGGAAGAAAGCACAAUCUCCCUGGGCAUGGUGUCGAUGUGGUUUUGGAGACAGCUGCCCCAAAAAUGUAAUUUGCCCCACAAUUAGGCAAGGCCGACAAAUUCUUCCCACUUUCUGUGGAGCAGAUCCACCCUCCAUUCUCAGUUUCUUAGUCAGAACAGCAAAUUUAAUCUCUGCUCUGGUGUUUCUUUGCAAUGCUAACAAACUGCUUUGAGAGUUUGCCUGUCUCUAAAAAGCAAUAUUAUACAUGUUUGAAAACUGGUAACAUUUUCCAACAGCAAGACUCCUUUAUCUUCCUUCAGUAUAAAUUUUUAGAACACACUGA